CGACAAGGCUUAUCAAUCGCAAAAUACUUCUGGAAGAUUCUCGAUUUGGAGUUAAUUGUGUUCGAUCGCCUGCAGAGCGUGAAGCAAGUUCAGAAGAAUUUGUUGUGGAUCUCUUUAAGUAGAGCAGAAAUCUAUUAUAUCCUUGUUGGAAGGGUUGAUACAAAUCUGGGACACAAGUGCGUGGUCAAAUUUUCAGCUGUGAGGGUACUUCUCACCAAAGCCCAUCAUGGCAGCGAGGGCAAGGAAUGCAAGAUUACCUCCUGAAGUGAACAGGGUGCUUUACGUCAGGAACCUUCCCUUCAACAUCAGCUCAGAGGAGAUGUAUGACAUCUUUGGGAAGUUUGGAGGAGUGCGGCAGAUCAGAUUAGGAACAUCCAAAGAGACGCGCGGAACAGCAUAUGUGGUGUAUGAGGAUAUCUAUGAUGCAAAGACAGCCGUGGACCACUUGUCAGGCUUCAAUGUGGCAAACAGAUACCUCAUCGUCCUCUAUUACAACACAUCAAAGCAGUCAAAAAAGACCAGCACAAAGGACAAGGAAGAGGAGCUCAGGAAAAUGCAGGAGAAGUAUGGGGUGGAUGGAGAGCAGCAUGCAAGAAAAAAGAAAGAGGAGACAUGAUCCAGCGCUGCAUGAGGAAUAUUUUUGAUUUGCAGAUCUUCAGGAACAUGACCCAGAUACGAUGCUGCUGGCUGUAAUGCCGUUGUACUGAAUAGACUCCCUAGCAGCACCGGCAAAAAGGACUGUUAGAGACCAUUGCGCAUGCAUGCAGUGCCGGCUCUGUCCCUGGCUACAUUUGACUCAGGCACUGUGAGUGUUUGUUACACUUCUGAGGGUUCAUCCAGAUCCCAACUGCGUUGCAAAGCCAUUGGCAGUUGAAAUGAUUGACAAGGACCACCGAUUAUAAUGUACAACUUUUACCAGUGC